AUGGAGUACGAUUCUAUAGGUGAAAGGUUCAAGCAUAGAACAAUUUCGAAGAUAGACUAUUGCAAUAUUUUCAUUCACAAGUUUUGCAAAAGACAAAUUGUUAUCAAGACUAUGGUCGUUUUAAACUUUAUCCUAAUAUUUGUGUUGUAUCUGUAUUAUCACGGGAUUACAUAUGCCUUGCCUUUUACGAUAAAGGAUAUUGAUAUUGAUGAUUCGUUUAAUGAUUCGACUGUUUCAUUCGAAACCAUUGAAAACAACAAGAAGCAAUUGGAAUCGUUAAUAAACAGUCGUGAAAAUAAGGAAAUCUUUUUACAAUUACAAAACUCUGGCAGCGCAUAUUAUGAUCCAACUAGCAAUACGGUGGGAACGGCUGAGUUUCCAACCUAUAACCAAUACCAGAGACAAGCGUAUGUGUCAAAUGGCUAUAUUGGUAGCCGUAUUCCCAAUUUGGGACAAGGAUUUACAUUUGACCAAUUGAGUGAUUCACCAGAUGCUGUUGAAGACGACUUAUCGAACGGCUGGCCGUUAUUUAAUGAACGUUUCUCGGGUAGUUUCAUAGGUGGAUUCUAUGAUAUUCAAAAGAAUACAACAGAAACUAAUUUUCCCGAAUUGAUCGAAAAGGGUUAUGAAAGCAUAUUAUCGGCUGUUCCACAGUGGACUACGUUAACCUUAUCUACAGUUAAAAAUGGUAAAACUCUUUCGUUGGAUCCAUCGCUCUCGAGAGAUUCACAAGGAGAUAUUUCCAAUUAUGCUCAGAACUUGUCGCUCAGUAAUGGUAUUGUGACAACAGAAUUUACUUGGUUGGAGUCCAUUCAAGUUCAUUUUGAAGUGGUAGCACAUAGAUCCAAUAUAAAUCUUGGUAUCGUGAACUUGAGGAUUGUAAACCUUGACAAUUCUACAGUUGAUUUGAAAGUUGAAGACAAGUUAGAUUUCGCUUCUACACAAAGAUGUCAAUUGAGUGAGGUAGGUAGCGAUGAAGAAGGUAUUUUUAUUCAUUUCCAACCUAACGAAAUAGAUUAUGUUAAUGGAGCUAUCUAUUCGACGUUACAAUAUGAUGAAAUGUCCUCAAAUGCUAUAAGUAGAGGCUCAACAAAUGAUACAUCAACCCAGAAAUUAGAUAUUUCUGUCGAGCCUUCGAAAUCGUUUAAAAUUUCCAAGCUAGUGGGAAUUGUUUCUUCAGAUUUAGACCCUGAAAAAUACAAAUCGCAUAAUACUGUAAAUGAUUUUGCGAAAGAGGUUGCCACUAAACAAAAAGAUUCUGUUUCGAAGCUCAUCAAAUCGCAUAAGGUCGGGUGGGCUCGUACAUUUGAAUCAUCUAACUCAAUAACAUUCUCUGGCGAUCCGUUGUUAACGUUAGCAUCAAGAGCGUCAAUCUAUCAUUUAAACGCAAAUACAAGGCCUGGAGCUCAAGGUGUCACUGCAGCUUUGCCAGUUGGGGGUUUAUCUUCAGAUUCAUACGGUGGAAUGGUCUUUUGGGACACAGACUUAUGGAUGCUAAAUGGAUUAUUGCCAUUCAAUCCUGAUCAUGCUAAAAGUAUUGUUAAUUAUAGGAUUCAUACUCACGAACAGGCAAUAAAAAAUGUUCCAAAUAAUGAAAGCGGUGCAGUAUAUUCUUGGACAAGUGGUAGGUUUGGAAAUUGUACUUCAACUGGGCCAUGCUUGGAUUAUGAGUAUCAUAUUAACGUUGCUGUUGCCAUGGCUGCGUGGGAAGUUUAUUUGAGUGGAGCUGCGGAUGAUGAUUAUUUAGAUUCUGUUGCAUAUCCGCUAAUUAAUGAUGCGGCUACUUUCUUGGCUGAUUAUGUUAAGUAUAAUGAAUCACUUGCUCAAUAUGUCUCUCAUAAUAUGACCGAUCCAGAUGAAUAUGCUAACCAUGUUGAUAAUGCUGCAUACACAAAUGCAGGGAUAUCGUUGCUUAUGAAAUGGGCAAUUACAAUUUCAAAUCAUUUAGGAAAACCUGUUCCCUCGAAGUACACUGAUAUUGCUGGAAGCAUGCAUAUACCUACUUCAGAUAAUCAUGAUAAUAUUACUCUAGAAUAUACUGGGAUGAAUUCGUCCGUUGGAAUUAAACAAGCAGACGUUAUUAUGAUGACCUAUCCACUAGGUAAUGAAUUAAUAUCUGAUGAUCAGGCAUACACUAAUAUGGAAUUCUAUUCAAUGAAACAAGUCAGUUAUGGGCCUGCUAUGACAUUUCCGAUUUUCUCCAUUGUUGCUUCUAAUUUGUCUCCUUCUGGCUGUGCUUCCCAAUCAUAUUUACAUAAAGCAGUUCAACCAUUCUUAAGGGGCCCUUUUGCCCAAUUCUCCGAACAAAAUAAUGAUAAUUUCUUAACCAAUGGUGGAACUCACCCUGCGUUCCCAUUUAUGACGGCGCAUGGUGGAUUUUUGCAAGCAAUAUUGCAAGGCUUAACUGGAUUAAGGUUUGAUUUUGAUCUUGAUGACAGGAAUAAAUUAUCAAGAAUGUUAACUCUUGAUCCAAUUUCUUUACCUUGUUUAGGAAAUGGAGUUCAAUUUGACAGUAUUAAGUAUAUGAACCAAAGUAUAUCAUUAGCCAUAAAUGAGACCUCAUUUAUUAUCAAGCACAAUGGUCCAAUAGCAGGUGGCGACAGCGAUUCGAUUAGAAUCUCCCUUGCAAAAAGAAACCCGAAAAGUGGUGUUUAUACUUUGGACAAAGGUGAAGAAUUAGUAUUCCCACUUUUUGUACCAACGGCAGGAUCUCAAUUGAGUGUAUCCGAAUGCGCUUCAGCAAAAUUCAUCAAUAUUACUGAAAGUGCCUACGGUGACGCUACUGUCCUGGUUAAUGAUGGUGAUAAUACUACGCAUUGGCAACUGAAAUAUAAUGAUACAACUGCAAAGAUUCUAGUAGAUCUCAAGCAAUCAAGGAAUUUAACCAGUGGCGCGAUAAACUGGGGAGACAGGCCGCCAAAGAGUUGGUCUUUGCUGGCUUUUGGUUCGGAAGAACAAUCUAAGAUAAAUGAUUUAAAUGAUGUCAUUGAUUUCCUCAGUAAAGUUAAUUUUGGUAAUGAUUUAUAUAAGAAGUAUCAAUUCAUAGAUGCCGGUACAAUCUAUGACCAGGACGAUGUUUUUACGACUAUAGUUUCGGAAGAGGUUGAUAUAUCUGCUCCAUUUGAUCCAAAGGAUUAUGCCGAGGUUAAAAUUCCACUGAGACAUAACACAACGUCCUUCAAUAUAGAGCAAGGUUUAGGUGCUAGAUUUUUGCUAAUAGAAGUAACUGAUAUUCAUGAUACAGAACCUAUUGAUGAUGAGACUGGAGGCGCCAAACUCUAUGAAGUUGAGUUUUUUGAGUGA